AUGAAGUACGCGAAUUUUCUGAAACGAGGGGUAAGUUGCAGAGCCCCCCUAAACACAUCAGGGAUGCAGAAAGUGCUAUUUAGAAGAUACCACUUAACCAAUUUGUACCCGAAAGAGUCCUAUGCGGGAAUGAUGAGAGGGCGCUUGUUCACAAGUGGAUCGGGCAGGCAAGAUAUACCGGACCGGGGUAUGGAAGGGCAAAAUGAAAGUAGUAAAAGCGGAGGAAUUAAUGAAAGCAACAGAAAAAAUGGAUAUAAGGAACAUAAUGAGAAUAGCGAACAUGGAGAACAUGGUGAACAUAACAAAAACGGGGAACACAAUGAACACAUGAACAGAGCAGACAAUACUGGGAACAGCACGGGAGAACGACAGAAUGAAGAAGCAGAAAGAAUAAAUUACGAAAAGUUAAACAAAGUAGAUUUAAUUAACGAAAUUAAAAAAGUAAAGAAAAAUAUGGAAGAAAAAAUUGUGGAUAAUAAAAUUUUAAAAGAAAAAUAUCUGUCCGUGUUGGCAGAAAAUGAAAACUUGAGAAAUCGAUAUAUAAAAGAAAUUGAAAACAGUAAACUUUAUUGCAUCAGUAAUUUUGCAAAGUCCUUAUUGGAUGUUGCGGAUAAUUUAUCACUUGCCAUUAAAAAUAUUAGUGAAGAAUCCUUAAAGCAGAAUGAAGAAAUUCAUAACAUAUACAAAGGAAUACAAAUGACAGAAACCAUAUUGCAUAAUAUUUUUAAUAAAUAUGGAAUUGACAAAUAUGAUCCAAUAAAUGAAAAAUUCAACCCUCAAUUCCAUGAAGCACUUUUUGAAAUUGACGAUACUACUAAGGAAAAGGGAACUGUUGCGACAGUUGUGCAACAGGGAUACAAAAUAAAGGACCGAAUUUUACGAGCUGCCAAAGUUGGAGUUGUUAAGAAUUAA